AUGGGUUCGGCGGCAACAAUGGCGAUGACGGCACUCUGUUUCACCAAAUCAAACAAACUCACUUCUUCCUUCCGCACUCUCCCUCGCCUCACCUGCUCUUCCCUCUCCUCUUCUCCUUUCAAAUUCAACAUCUCCUUCUCUCCCUCUAACCCUAAACCUAAACCCGAUAACCCGAACCAAUUUCCCGACGACGACGACGGUGACAUGAGCCCGAGGAUUGUUCGAGGCGAAAAUGGAAACUUGAAACUCUCAUCUGAACCUCCUCCAACCUUUCUCAAAGCCAUGACCAAUGCCUCAACAGGUACCAAAAAAUCAGUAAAAAACCAAACUGCGAAAGCCAAGAAGAAGAAAAAUGAAAAGGAAACAAAGGUUCGUGACGUGGCACCGCCGCAGUAUUCCAAAGCAGCGCGGAGAUUCUACAAUGAAAAAUUCAAGGACUCCGGUACACGGCUCAGCAAGGUUCUCGCCGCCUCUGGAGUUGCCUCCAGGAGAAGCUGUGAAGAGCUUAUUUUUGAAGGCAAGGUUACUGUUAACGGUUCUGUCUGUAAUACACCCCAGACUAAAGUGGAUCCCUCAAAGGAUAUUAUCUAUGUCAACGGCAGCCGCCUUCCUAAGAGGCAGCCUCACAAAGUUUAUCUUGCCUUGAACAAGCCAAAAGGGUACAUAUGCUCAUCUGGGGAAAAGGAGUCUAAAUCUGUUAUAACUCUAUUUGAUGAUUUUUUGAAAAGUUGGGAUAAGAAGCAUCCGGGAGUACCCCCGCCACGACUAUUUACCGUAGGGCGCCUUGAUGUUGCUACUACUGGGUUACUUAUUGUGACUAAUGAUGGAGAUUUUGCUCAAAAACUUUCACAUCCGUCAUCUAAUUUUUCAAAAGAAUACAUUGCAACAGUUAAUGGUCUAGUUCAUAAGAGGCACUUAACGACCAUAAGUGAGGGAACAACAAUUGAGGGUGUCCAUUGUGUACCAGAUAGUGUGGAGUUAUUUCCACGCAUGCCAGAUACGCAAAGAUCUCGACUUCGUAUUGUGGUUCAUGAUGGAAGGAAGCAUGAAGUUCGUGAACUUGUUAAAAAUGCUGGACUUGAGAUUCACUCGUUAAAGCGAAUUCGCAUAGGUGGUUUUAGACUUCCACCAGACCUUGGGCUAGGGAAAUACAUUGAGCUAAAUCCUACGAAUCUGAAAGCAUUGGGAGGAAAAGUUAACGAAGUUAACUCGUAA